CAAGAAGACCGGCCUCUCCUCAAAGGUUUAAACUGAAAUCAACUUUAAUAUAUUCACGUCUAGCAUGGGUACGAGAGGCCUUCUGGGCUGCCUCCUCAUCACCGCCUUGCUCGGCUCGUCACACGCCGGGCUCGUGAAGAAAAUCCUGCGGCAUCGACGACAGACCCUGACGCCCCCCGAUGAGCACAACGUCAGUCUGCCCAGCACGGACCACCCUGUGGUUUUCAACCACGUCUACAACAUCAACGUCCCCGCCAGCUCUCUGUGCUCGGUGAACCUGGACGCCCCGGAGAGCACGCCGCUGCUCCCCAACGACGCUCCGGCCUCUCCAGGCCGUCGGGUCGACGAGCACACGGUGGACAGGGACAACCAGAUCGUCUUCACCCAUCGGAUCAACAUACCGCGGCGGGCCUGUGGAUGUGCGGACGACCUGCCAGGCCUCAAAGAUCUCAUGAGCCGGCUGGAGAUGCUGGAAGGAGAAGUUUCAGCUUUGAGGGAUCAGUGCAGUGUGGACGGGGGCUGCUGCGGCGCCCAGGUCACAGGUGACGUGGGAACUAAACCGUACUGCAACGGUCAUGGGAACUACAGCUCUGAAUCCUGCGGCUGUGUGUGCGGGCCCGGCUGGACGGGACCCAACUGCACCGAACCCGAGUGUCCCGACAACUGCCAGAACCGAGGCCGCUGCUCGGACGGAAAGUGCGAGUGCUUCAAAGGCUUCGGCGGAGACGACUGCUCGCUCCAGGUCUGCACCGUGGACUGCGGGGAACACGGGCAGUGCGCGGGCGGCGUUUGCGUCUGCUCGGACGGUUACCUGGGCGAUGACUGCUCUCAGACCGAGUGCCUCAACAACUGCCGGGGCCGCGGCCGCUGCGAGGACGGAGAAUGCAUGUGCGAGGAACCGUGGACCGGCUCGGACUGCGCCGAACUCAUCUGCCCCAAAGACUGCUACGACCGUGGGCGAUGCGCGAACGGGACCUGCUACUGCGAUGACGGGUUCGCCGGGGAAGACUGCGGGGAACGCACCUGUCCGCACGACUGCAACGGCAACGGUUUCUGCGUGGACGGCCGCUGCGUCUGCAUCGCCGGCUUCAGCGGGGACGACUGCGCCCAGCUCACCUGCAUCAACGAUUGUAACGACCGAGGAAUGUGCUUCAACGGCGUGUGCAUCUGCGACGCCGGGUACCAAGGCGAGGACUGCAGCCAGCUGGCGUGCUUGAAUAACUGCAACCACAGAGGCCAGUGUAUCAACGGGCAGUGCGCCUGCGACGUCGGCUUCGUGGGCGACGACUGCUCCGAGCUCUCCUGCCCGAGCAACUGCCUGAACCGCGGCCGGUGCGUUAACGGGCAGUGCGUGUGCGAGGAAGGCUUUGCCGGCGAGGACUGCAGCAUCAGGACCUGCCCCUCCAACUGCUACGGCCGCGGCGAGUGCGUAGACGGACGCUGCGAGUGUCACACGGGCUUCACGGGCGCGGACUGCGGCGAGCUGAGCUGCCCUAACGACUGUCAGAGCCGCGGGCGCUGCGUCGACGGGCAGUGCGUUUGCGACGAGGGCUUCACCGGGGAGGACUGCGGUCAGAAAGCGUGUCCCAACGACUGCCUGGGCCGCGGUCACUGCGCCGACGGGAAGUGCGUCUGUCGGGAAGGCUACUCCGGGGACGACUGCUCCGUGCUCGCGUGCCCGAGCAACUGCAACAGCAGGGGGCGCUGCGUCGAUGGGAAGUGCGCUUGUGACAGCGGGUACCGAGGAGAGAGCUGUGCGGAGCUGAGCUGCCUCAACGACUGUCAGGACCAAGGUCGCUGCGAGGACGGCCGGUGCGUCUGUGACGAGGGAUACAUCGGAGACGACUGCUCAGAAGUGUCUCCUCCAAAGGACCUGACAGUCAGCGAGGUCACCAGUGACACGGUGGACCUGGCCUGGAACAACGAGAUGCUGGUCACUGAGUACCUCGUGACCUUUGUGCCCACCAGUCCCGGCGGUCUCCUCCAGGAGUUCACCGUGUCAGGAGAUAAAACAGCAGCCACAGUGAAAGAGCUGGAGCCGGGACUGGAGUACCUGAUCAGCGUCUACGCUGUUCUGAGCAACAAGAGGAGUGUCCCCAUCAGCGCCCGGGUCGCUACAGAUCUUCCACAGCCAGAGGGUCUCAUCUUCAAAUCAGUGAGAGAGACCACGGUGGAGGUGGUGUGGGACCAGCUGGACUUCCCCUUCGAUGGCUGGGAGAUCUAUUUCCGCAACACGAAAAAGGAAAAUGGAAAAGUCUUGAGCACCGUUUCAAGCUCCCAGAACCAGUUCCUCCAGUCGGGCCUCGGACCGGGCCAGGAGUACGAAGUCUCCCUCAACAUCGUCAAGAACGACACCAGAGGACCCCCGACGUCCAAAAGAGUCACGACCAGGAUUGACGGCCCCCGGCAGGUGGAGGUGAAGGACGUCACAGACUCCUCCGCUCUGAUUGGAUGGUCUCAGCCGCUGGCUCCCGUGGACAGAAUCACCUUGUCUUACGGGCCCGGCUCCGCCCCCUCAGAUGAAACCAGCGUGGAGGUUCCUCCUCCAGACAAGCAGUACAGCAUCGACGGCCUGCAGCCCGACACCGAGUACAGCGUGUCGCUCGUUUCAAGGAGCGGAGACGUCAGCAGUGAUCCUGUCCUGACCACAUUCACUACAGCCCUGGAUGGUCCCAGAAACCUGCAGGUCGUUUCCCAGACAGAGGACAGCAUCACUCUGGAGUGGACCAACAGUCGAGCCGACGUCGGCAGCUAUCGAGUGAAAUUCAGCCCCAUCUCUGGAGCGAGUCACGGUGAGGAUCUGUUCCCACGAGGACCGGGAGAAACCACCGGAGCUACUAUCACAGGGCUGAAGCCGGGGACGGAGUAUGGGAUCGGAGUGACUGCUGUGAAGAAUGAGAGCGAGAGCCUCCCUGCUACUACCAACGCAGCGACUGACAUCGACCCUCCCACCGAUUUCGAGGAAGUGGAGUCCACAGAGACGUCCCUCACCUUGAGGUGGCGGAAACCGGAGGCCAAGGUGGGUGCCUACAGGCUGGUGUACGCCACCGGAGACGGCCUGAUCGAGAUCGAGGAGAUCCCGGCCGCGGCGACGAGCCACGUUCUCACCAACCUGACUCCUGGGAUGAGCUACACCCUCACUCUGGCUGCAGAGAGAGGUCUCAAGAGGAGCUCGCCCGUCACAAUAUCUGCAUCCACAGCCUCUUUCACAUUUUAUUUAGCUGACUCUGACGACCGCGAGCUAACGACUCCUACAGGCGCCGAGGACAAUGUCAUUAGCUUUUCAAAUUUAGACCCCUCUGAGCCUCGCUUCUCUGGGGCGGAUCCUGAGGACGAGCUCGGAGCGCUGACGAUUUCGGGCGUCACGCCUGAAGGAUUUGACCUCUCGUGGAAACUGAGCGCUCGCACAGUUUACGACGGUUUCACAGUCGAGUAUACAGACACACAGGGACUGUCAGACGUGAGACAGAUUCAACUUCCUGGAGAUGCCACUGCCUCUAGAAUCCAAGGCCUCGAGGCAUCAACAGAAUAUCAAAUAAAACUCAGUGGAAUAAGCGGUAGUCAAAGAUCUGCACUACUUGAAGCGGUUGCAGUUACAGCAACCAAGCCUACCUCUCCUGACGUGCUAACGCUGAGAAUCAAAAAUGUCCAAACGACCCCACAAACUGCUCGGGAUACUCAACAAACUCAAACCCCAGAACCCCUUAACACUGAGGCCCCUCCCACAACAGAGGCCCCUCCAAUUUCAACGGCUCCUCCCACACAUGUGGCCCCUCCCAUUUCAGAGGCUCCUCCUACAAAUGUGGCCCCUCCCAUUUCAGAGGCUCCUCCCACUUCUGAUUCUGAUGUAAUGAGCUCUGGGGCUGAGCCUGAGAGCUCGAUCUUGGAUGUAGUGAGAAACCUCACAGUCAAUGUUUCCUCCUCUAGCGUCAGCCUGACGUGGUCGGCGCCUGAUGACGCGUUCGAUAGCUUUUCGGUCGAGGUCAGUGCUUCAUCAAAAACUCACCUGACCUCACUGCCAGGAAAUAUAAGGAAGGCUGAAAUCGAGGGUUUGACGCCCUCGACACAAUAUAAUAUAACAUUACAUGGGCUGGUGGAAGGGAAGAGAUCUUUACCUCUCAGAGUUUUUGCCACAACAGCUGAGCUGAAGCCCUCGGUGGUGAACCUCACCAUCUCUGACAAAACAUGGGACGGCUUCACUGCGUCCUGGCGCCCCGUCGAUGGGGAGUUUGAGAGCUUUGUCAUUGAGGUAACAAACUUGGAGAAUUUCGCAGAGAGCCAGAACCUCACUGUGUCCGGAGACGCUCUCAGUCUGGGCAUCUCGGGGCUCAAUCCCAACACCAGCUACAUGGUUGGCCUGUUUGGGAUGCAUCAGGGCUCCUUCCUUGAACCACUGUACAUUGAAGCCACCACAGUGAUUCUGCCAACACUUGGCAAACUAUUUAUCUCAAACUUAACGUCCGAGAGCUUUUCAAUCCACUGGAACGGCACUGAUGGAACAUUUGAUGGUUUUAUCCUGGAGAUAAUUGAUUCUGACUGGCUGACGGAGCCGCGAGAAUGUAAUAUAUCCCACGUUGUGAAGUCCUAUGACGUCACGGGGCUCCGGCCCAGCACUGAUUAUGUAGCCUACCUCUAUGGGACUUAUAAGGGAUCCCGAACAAGCGCUGUCAGUAUUGUUGCAUCAACAGCUGAAGAGCCUGAUUUAUCCAGGCUAGUCGUUUCUAACAUUACCUCAGACAGAUUUUCUCUGUCAUGGCGGACAGGAGGAAAGGCGUUUGAUAAUUUCAUAGUAGAAGUCAGAGAAUCUGCUUUGCCCUCGCAGGCGAUGGGGCGCGCUCUCACCGGAGACGUGCGCUCAACGGUAAUGGCCGGGCUCAAAGCGAGCACAAGGUACAACAUAAAGCUGUACGCCAGCGAUGGCGGGCAGAACACGCCGCCCCUGUUUGAAGUAGCUACAACAGAGGAUGUCCCCCUGUUGGGGCCCAUAGCGGCGUCGUCCGUGAGCCCGCAUGACCUCAGCGUGUCCUGGAGAACUGUGUCAGGACACUUUGACGGCUUUGUUAUCCGGGUCAGUGACCCAGAGCAGCAUUCUGACACGCUGGAGUUCAGACUGCCGGGCGAGGCUCGUAACUUUACCGUCUCUAACCUGAUGGAUGCCACAGGCUAUGAUAUUGAGCUGUAUGGUCUCUCUCAUGGGCGCCAAACUCCCUCUGUGUUAGCCCACGCCGUCACAGCUCCUUUGCCCAGAGUGGAAAACUUAACCAUAUCCAACAUAACCCCCUACGGCUUCCGGGUGUCAUGGGAGGUGAAACAGCAGCAGCAGCAGCAGCAGCAGCAGCACCAGGAGGAGGACUUAGCCCCCUCUAGUGGCGGUUUCAGCCGUUUUCACAUAGUGGUGACAGACUCCGGGUGGCUGCUGGAGCCGCAGGAGUUCACCGUGCCAGGAAACCAAAGUCACCUGGACAUCUGGGGCCUCAUCACAGGGAUAGGCUAUGAGGUCAGGCUGACGGGGGUGUCAGAGUCAGGGCUGCUCUCUCGGCCUCUGAACACAGUGGCUGUGACAGAGGCCGAGCCGGAGGUGGAUCAUCUCUUCCUCUCAGACGUCACGGCCGACGGUUUCCGCGUGUCGUGGGCGGCCGACGAUGACCUUUUCGACCGAUUUGUGAUCAAAGUAAGAGACGGCAAAAGGUUAGCCCACCCUCAGGAGUACAGCGUCCGCGGGGACGAGCGCACCAAGGUUCUGACGGGACUCAUGGGGGGCACCGAGUAUGAAAUCGAGCUCUACGGCGUCUCGUUGGACCAACGCUCCCAACCGAUAACGGGGGUCGCUCAGACAGGUCUGAGCACUCCAAAGGGGCUUCACUUCUCUGAGGUGACCGACUCCUCUGCCGUGGUUCACUGGUCCAUGCCUCGCUCUCCCGUCGAUAACUACCGAGUCACCUACAUCCCCUUUGAAGGAGGGAGCCCGAUGUCGCUGACCGUGGACGGCGGCGUGUUCGAGACUCUGCUGCCCAACAUGAUCCCCGGCAAAGUUUACCAAGUGACCGUGAGCGCCGUGAAGGGUCUGGAGGAGAGCGACCCGAGCACCGACACCGUGACCACAGGUCUGGACAAACCUCAGGGUCUGAUCGCGGUUAACGUCACCGACACGUCAGCGCUGCUCCUGUGGCAGCCGUCUGUGGCCAUUGUGGACGGCUACGUCAUUACUUACAGCGUUGACUCAGUGUCCCCCAUGGUGGAGCAUGUUUCCGGGAACAUCGUGGAGUUCGAGAUGGACUCACUGUUUCCAGGAACUCACUACACAGUCGGAGUUCAUGCGAUGAGAGAAGCUCAGAAGAGUGACUCAGCCGUUACUGACUUCACCACAGACGUGGACCCCCCUCGUGAUCUGACAGCCGUCAACAUUCAAACCGACAGCGCCACGCUCACCUGGAGACCCCCGCAGGCUGCAGUCACCGGUUACACGCUCACCUUCACCUCCGCUGAUGGAACCAUCAGGGAAGUGGUGCUCAGCGAGACGGCGUCCUCUUACAGCAUGGCUCAGCUGACUGGCUCCACCGAGUACAACGUCCGACUGCAGGCCAUCGCCGGAGCGCAGAGGAGUCGACACGUUAACACCGUCUUCACCACCAUCGGACAGCUGUACAGACGGCCCAAAGACUGCGCUCAGAUUCUGCUGAACGGAGAGAGGACCUCGGGUCUGUACACCAUCUACGUGGGCGGAGAGGAGACGCAGCCCGUCCAGGUCUACUGUGACAUGACCACGGAUGGCGGAGGAUGGCUGGUUUUGCUCCGACGCCAGAAUGGAAAGCUGGAAUUCUACAGGAACUGGAAGAACUACACGGCCGGCUUUGGAAACAUGAAUAAUGAGUUCUGGCUGGGUCUCUCCAACCUCCAUAAAAUCACAAACUCUGGACAUUACGAGCUGCGAGUGGAUUUGAGGGAUAAAGGCGAAUCGGCCUACGCUCAGUACGACAAGUUGACGAUCGCAGAGCCGAGAACACGUUACAAAAUCUACAUCGGAGCGUACAGCGGGACAGCAGGUGACUCCAUGACGUACCACCAGGGGCGACCUUUCUCCACCUACGACAACGACAACGAUAUCGCCGUCACCAACUGCGCCCUGUCCUAUAAAGGCGCCUUCUGGUAUAAAAACUGCCACCGGGUGAAUCUAAUGGGGAAAUAUGGGGACGACAGUCACAGUAAGGGGAUCAACUGGUUCCACUGGAAAGGCCACGAGCACUCGAUCGAAUUUGCAGAGAUGAAGAUCAGACCGGCCAACUUCAGGAAUUUUGAGAGCAGAAAAAAACGAUCAUAGACUCGUGAGCCCCCCCCCCCCCCCCACCCCCCUCCUUUCACACCUCGACUCCACACACACACACACACACACACACACACACACACACACACACACACACACACACACACACACACACACACACACACACACGCUCCCUCAUCCUCCGAUCGUUCUCUAAAACACAAAGACAAUCACACUGAAAGUAAUUCAGUUCUGGUCGUUGCAGACACCAAAGAUUUGAGUUAUGAGCCGUUAAAGCGUCUCAUCGUCCUGACCGGGUGCUGACGUCUGCGUGGUCAUGGAGACGGUCGUGCGAGGUGAAUGAAUGGUCAUAAAAUAAUAAUGUGUUUUUUUGGGACCAAACAUGUGAGAAUCAAAUGUCAAAUCAGGUCGGUGAAUCCAAUCGGUCCGCUCCACGUCAAAGGCACAUAGAGGCAACACUUCCUGUUCACUUCCUCCGUCUUAAACGGAGCGUUUGAAGAGGAUGAAACAAACACAUUUUAAAGAAA